AUGUCCGAACCAGGUCCAGAAUCCAUCCCCACAAGUGCGGAUCCGCGCAGCAAGCGGCCAACAAAGCGCCGCGCCGUGACACCGCAUUCCGAGGUCGCCAACGAGAUCCAGACACUCUUCAAAGACCCCAGCAAAGACAUCCGACUACCGGAUGCGGUGAAGCCGCGCACCGUGGCAUCCCUCUCGGCGCCGCCGGAGAUCGUCACGAAUGUGCAGGGAUCAUCGGCCGGUGCGGGCUCUGGCGAAUUCCACGUAUAUAAGGCCAGUCGGCGGCGGGAGUAUGAGCGACUGCGGUUGAUGCAGUCUGAGGUGGAUAACGAGAAGUAUAAUGAGACUUGGCAGAAAGAACAAGAGGAGAAGAAGCGCAAGGACGAUGAGAAGACGGAGAAGAAUCGGAGGAGGAGGGAGAAGAAGAAGAAUGCGCGCGGGAAGAAGGGUAAUGGUGGUCAGAAUGAUACUACUCCUAUGGAGGUUUCAGCUGCCCCGGGCUCGAUGGUCACUAUGGAAGACCAGGAUGGAGGCGCUGUUGAUGGCCAGGUGGCCCAGCAGGAAGUUCCUGGCGUCAUUUUCCAUGAUGAAGACUAG